AUCUCCGUUGUUGUUACUCUGUGACGCGUUCGAGGCACUCGCUUUCCCAGAAGGCUGAGCGCGCCUGCGGGCCCCUGGUUUCCUCCUGCUGUUCCUGCGGGCAUGGCGAUUAUGCUGCUGCACAUGGUGCCGUCAGUCCGCGUUCUUAUCCAGCGCUUCUGGCAGCGGCUGGAGCGCGGCCGCUUGCUGGCAGCCUGCGGGGUGCAGAGCCCGCUGUGGGGGCUGGAGCCCGCCGUCCAGACCCCCACUUGUCUGCCGGAGCCGGCAGCGGGCAUCGCAGGGAGCGGCGAGGGGCUGGGCUUCCUCGGCAGCGUCUUGUGGAUGGCGGCGCCGAAGAAAAGGCGUAGCAUCGAGGUGAACCGCUGCAGGAGGAGGAAUCCUCACAAGCUCAUACCAGUCAAGAGGAACAUAGAUGUUUGCCCCGAAUGUGGAAACUUGAAACUGAAGCAUGUUCUUUGUGCUUAUUGUUAUGCAAAAGUCAAAGCAGAGACUCAACAGAUACGGAAGGAAAUAGGUAAAAUGGAAGGAGGACCGUUUAAUGCUCCUACUGUAGAGACUGUAGUCCUUUAUGAUGGAGAAAAGCCCACCGGAAAAGAUGAAGGCAAGCGGAUCAUUGAGAGAGCCAGGAAGCGUCCAUCUUGGUUUAUUCAAAAUUAACAGCAAGACAGAGCGUGUUUGUUAAGAAUGUUUUCAUAGUUAUGUUCAGUCAAUGCUGAUACUCAGUGUGCAUGAGCUUUUGGGGUGCCUGAUCAAAUCACAUUUCAUAUGCACUGCUUCUGUAGCAUGCAGUGGGCAGUGCUUCUUGGUGUUAUGUCUGUCAUAGUGGUCAACAAUUAAAGAGAAGUUGGGAUCAGUCUUGUUGAAGUUCUAUGUACAGUACAGUGACUACUUUGUAUGUUAAUGUUGUAUUCUGUUUUUGUAAAUAUGUAUUUUUAAUUACUAUUAACAAAGGAAAAACAAUCACAAAUACAAAAAUAAGAUUCCCAAAGAAAUUUGUUUUUCCGAUUUUGGCUGUUGGUCUUAGAUAUUUUUUUCUAAAUAUCUAAAAUUAUUGUUAGUUAGAAAAAAUAUUAUUGAGGAAGGAUGUGGCUAUCUGAUAAUUUCCAUUGCUUUUAAUAGAAUCUGUCUGGAUAUCUCUGCAGUACUGAUAUUUGAAAUCCUCAGCAAUUCUCCUGUUUUUGAGUGAAACAGCAGCUGCCAAGUGAUGUUCGCUCUUUUUCAGUGCUAGACUGAAGGUUAUUCUCUCAGUUGUCAGUAUGCAAAAUAAUGCCCCCCGAGUGUGCUGUGAUUACUUCAGCAGAGUAACUAACUGUGAUGCACUUACUGGAAAUCUGGAAGUUGUUUAAGUACUGAAGCUCAUUGUUUGCAACCAUUCCUCUUUUGUAGUCUGGAUGGUCAGUUUGUGCUCAGAAAUAGCAAGGAACAACGUACCUUCCUGACUUGUGUCCUCUACAGAGCGAGGGUGGCUUUUUGGUGCCUAUAGUCACAGCAGCUAGCUCUGUAUUUCGGUUUGGUUUUAGCCACGCACGAGCAUUAACGAUUUAAACUAGUUUCAGUUAACUGCCUGGGCCUAUGCUGUCUUGGUUUGGGGAGCUGUGGUGGUGAGGAAAUAUUCAGCAUCCUUUUACACUUUUUAUUAUUUUUUUAAUUUUUUUUUUUUAUUGUCUGCCUCUCUGUAGAGGCUCCCCCCAAAUUGGGCAGUUGAUCUAGUGCCUGAUUUAGUGGCUGGCAACCCUGCCUGGAGCAGGGGAUUUGGAACUAGAUGGUCUGUGAGGUCCCUUCCAAACCAAACCAUUCUUUGAUUCUAUGAAAGUAAAAUAGAAGUUUUGAUUUCUUCCUGUUCAAAAACCUUUGAUUUUUUUUAUUUCCCCCCUUUCCUAUCACUAAUAAUGAGAAAUGAAGAAAUUAUAAAUAUUCUCUUUAAAAUAUUAAACAAGUCUGUGGAGUAAAACCAUUGAAGUAAAGAUAGGGGACAUUUUUACUUCUCUUUGGAAUAAUAGACUUGUUAUUAUAGACAAACUUAUUAGAACAUAUGUUAAUGUGGUGUUUAUUUACUGGCAACUAGAAGUCUCACAUAUGAUUAGGUGUGAAUCAAAGCAUGCAGUAAAGAGCAUUGCAA